UUUAAAAAAAUGUUUUUUUCCCUCCAUUCCAACUUAUGUUAAAAAGCGAACACAACAAUCGCUAUGAGGACCGGGUUUGGGACUUUGGAUGUCAAGUCAGCAGUGGCCAGACCUCAGAAUGUUCCUGGUCAAGUUACGUCAACGACUUCGACCAAGUGCUCCUCUUUGAGUGUCCAACACAACAAGUGAUUGCAGGAACGAACAGCUACCACAGCAACAGCUAUGAGGACAGACGCUGGAAGUUUUACUGCUGUAAAAGUAAGUUUAAUGCUGCAAGCUGUCAUUGGACCUCGUACGUGAACUCCUUUGAUGAGUACUUCCACUGGACCGUGCCUUUCAAGAACGUCCUGGUGGGCACUCAAAGCUACCAUCAAAAUCGCGAAGAAGAUCGACGAUGGAGGUUCAAGGUCUGUGUCCAAAACGCAUAGUGAUUCCAAGAUUCAACAUUCUCUCACAGUUCAUGAUGAAUAUUCUCUCAUGAUCCUCUGAAAUAAAUGCAUGUUGAAAA